AUGAAUGAGGAGAAAAUCAACUUGCUAGUGGCAAUCAUUGACUUGUCCCCUUCGGAAUGGGCCAAAACAGGAAAUGAUCCUUCCCAGGCCAUGAAUGCCAUACUCAUGUAUAUAAAUACUCAUCUGGCCUACUCGCAUGGAUCCGAUGUCGCCGUCAUUGCUGCUGGCUUGGACCAUGGAAGCAAAUACGUCUAUCCUUCGCCGCAUCCUGUAGAUCUCAGCUCUCAAAGGUCGGGCUCUGCAUAUCAUACAUUCUGGGAAGCCAACGAAACUAUUGCUGAAAAUAUCAAAUCCUUGACUCGUCCUGAUGCUGAUCAGACGCCUAGCAAGCCUGCUAUUGCAUCUGCUCUCGCUAUGGCCCUUGCAUACAUUAGCAAGAAGAAGAAACAAUCACACGGUAUGCCAUUUCAGGGUAGAAUACUCGUCUUGAGUGUAUCCCCUGACAAUGCUGGUGAAUAUGUGGGUCUGAUGAACGCAUCAUUUUCUGCACAGAAAUCGACUAUUCCUAUUGAUGUAUGUCGAGUAUUUGGUGGUCCAUCUGUAUUCUUGGGUCAGGCUUCGUACCUCACGAAAGGAGUCUAUCAUGAAGUCGCUGAUAUCAAGAUGCUCCUACAAACUCUCAUCACUCUCUUUCUGGCCGACGUUCAAGCAAGAGACUAUCUGGUAUUCCCAGCUGCUGAAAAUGUUGAUUUGAGAGCAGCUUGCUUUUGUCAUCGUCGUAUUAUCGACAAGGCCUUUGUCUGCAGUGUGUGUUUGGCAGCUACGGGGCCAGAGGCAACAAUGACUGGACAGUAUAUUCCUAUUCCACCAGCCACCAAAGCAACAGCUUCAUCAUCUAAUGCAGACACAUCCAAAGCGAUGUAG